UAAGAAUUAUGAGAUGACCUCUUCAUUAAUUGCCCAUCAGAUCGUACAUUCACAAUCCCCCAUAUUUCUUUUUCAUAUUUCCCUUUUAUCUCUUCUACAUCUCUCAUCAGAGAAUCAUCAAUCUUCAUAUUUACACCACAGUAGCAAGCAUCUCCAUUAAUAUCAAUGGAGACAAAUCCACCAACCUCUGAAUUAAUGUCGCCGGUCCGUAGUUUCCCAAACCGGUUCUUUUGCAGCGACUUCCAAAACGAUGAAGAAUUUAAUGCUCCAGCAUCUGCAUACACUUAUAUGCAUGUUGAUUGUUCUCGGUCAUCUGAAGCCCCUGUUAGAUCCCCGGAUGUUUUGGUAUCCAACAAUUUCAUGAAAAACGCGGUUAUUGAUGACCAGGAUAUGGAUAUUGAUGAAGCAUCCCAAGAUUCCCAGAUGGAAGCCAUGACUGUUGCUGUUUCUGGAUCAUCUCAUGGUCCUUCUAUGUUUGCUGAAUCACCACGCGGCCAGUUAGACGGUUGUACAAUGGACAAUGGGAUCCCACUUUAUUUUCAUAUCACACAUUUUAUAACUUGUAUUGUCAUGCCAUUUUAUUGCAGAUUCAUAACUUUUUCCGUUUUAUGGUACAGGUCCUUCGAAUCCAUACUUUGUUUUUGAUACCCCUCAGGGAACCCGUUACUGGAUUCCUAAUGUUGCUGAUAAGUUCAUACCGGUGUGUGGCAAAACUUAUCCAACCUUUCAGGAUGUUCUUUCCAUGUAUGAACUUUAUGCGCUCGAAGCAGGUUUUUCUGUUAAAAAAGGUCAAACUAAAGUCUGGAAUGGAAUUCCCACACACAAGUAUCUCCGAUGCUCAAAAUAUGGAAAACCCCAACCAAAGCGGACUUUUGACACCCUAGAUGAAUCUUCUGUUAAGCACCGGAGGACCACCUUCUCAUGGUGUGACUGUAAGGCAAGCAUACUAGUAUCGAUAUCGAACGAUUCAUACACAGUCCUGACUUUCAAUGAUAUUCAUAAUCAUGAACUUGUUGAGAGUUACAACCGUGAUCUUAGUAAGAUAUCACGGAAACUGUCAUUCUCCACGAAACAAUUCAUUCAUAACAUGAGUCUAAACCGCAUCGGACCAAUGAGGUCUUAUAGAUGCCUUGUAGCUUUAAAAGGAGGGCAUCACAAUGUCAAUGGGACACCGGUCGAUUUUAAAAACUUUAGCCACCAGCUGCGAAUUUUUAUUGGUGAACGCGACGCACAAGUUUUCCUUGAACGCUUGCGUGAGCGUUAUGACAACCUACCCAACUUCUUUUUUGAUUACACCGUAUCAAACGGAAAGUUGUCCUCUGUAUUCUGGGCUGAUGAGAUUUCAAAGCUUAACUACAAAGCUUUUGGCGAUGUCCUAGCGUUUGAUGCAACUUACAGCACAAACAGGUACAAGAUGGUUUUUGUGCCAUUCACGGGUGUGGAUCAUCAUUUCCAAUGUGUUACAUUUGGAGCUGGUUUGAUAUCAACCGAGUCAAUUGAAUCUUACGUGUGGUUGCUUAAGGCUUUCUUGAAGGCACACGGUACUCAACCAACUCUCGUGCUGAGUGAUCAAGACCCAUCCAUGCUACAAGCUGUUCCUAUGGUCUUUACAGAAUCACGUCACCGUCUAUGCAUGUGGCAUAUAAUGAAAAAACUACCCUCCAAGAUCUCAGCCGACGUGCUCGAUAACACUGAUCUUCGGUCCUGCAUUCAUCGGUUGGUUUGGAAUGUUUAUAUCAAACCUGAAACGUUUGAGUCCCGCUGGAAUGACCUCCUACAAACAUUUGGGCUUCAAGAGCACAGCUGGUUGAACGACAUGUACAACAUGAGACAUCUCUGGGUUCCAGCCUACUUUAGAGAACUGCCCAUGUGUUGCUUGAUGAAGACCACCUCCCGCUGCGAAAGCUCUAACGCUGCCUUCAAGGUUAACUCAACAAGCGCAAACACCCUUGUGCAAUUUAUGAUGUGCUUUGAAAAUAGGGUAGACAGCCAACGAUAUCGUCAACGUGUUUCGGAGUUCAAAACCUCUUCUACCAUGUUCAAGGGCAAUACUGAGUUAGCGAUAGAACAACACGCGUUCGCCAUUUACACAAACGCUGUUUUCGCCCAAGUUCAAAAAGAAAUAAUUAAAGGGAAGUUUUUAUGCUACAUCACAAACCAAAGCGAGACGAGCGAUUCCAGUCUUCUGAUAGACGUCACUCAUUUGGAUAAAAGGAACAACAUCACAAAAGUCUAUCAGGUUACGUAUAACAAUGUCGAUCAAUCGGCCAAUUGCUCAUGCAGGAAUUUCACACGUAUCGGGUAUCUGUGUCGCCAUGUCUUUUGUGUCUAUCGCUUGAAAAAUGUUGAAAGGAUUCCACCACAAUACAUAAACGACAGGUGGCGCCGAGAUGCCCUCCCCAAACAUGUUUUUUCAAUUUCCAGUCGAUACGGAGUCAACCCACACGCACCGUCCAUUAUGCGGAAUGAAAUCCUCGACCUCGUUACUGAAUGCGUAGAUGUUGCUAGAACCGAUGAGGAUGCGUUGGCAAAAUUGGUUGACCAACUCAGGGAUUUCAAGAUCAAUAUUCUUUCCAGGCAACCGUUGUCAACAACUGAAAAUGAAUCAAAUGAGUCUCAAAUGGAAGAAAUAGUUGGGCAGCCAAUCAACAUUCCAGUCGAAGUUGCUAAUCCAGAAGUUGCACGCAAUAAAGGAUGUGGUACUCAUACUCGCAUUUCUGGGCCCGGUGAGAAGGCCAAAGCAAAACCACCAAAACGUCCAAAGCAGCUUCGCUUAUGCAAGCGUUGUGGUCUGUAUGUCGACGACCACGACUCACGCAACUGCCUUAAGGUGGCUGCAAUGAAAGCAGCAAAGGCAGCUGCCGAACAACUAAGGCAGACCGCCACUGGCGACUGA